AAACUGCUGGCAACUGCUGUCCGCACCUUCCUCUCAAAACAAACUCUGACUGCUCUUUCACAUCAACCUGCUUGAUUUGUUCAUCAUGGGGAUUAUGGUAACUGGGGCAAUGCCAGUGUGGCACUGGUUUUCUCUGGAUAUCACAAAGUGCAGCCUAGUAUUGAGGUGACCAUGGGCUAUGAGAAGGAUAAGAACACCCACUGGGGGCCCAGUACUAAUGUGGUGCAAGCUGCGAAGAACACUGGUGCCGUGAGCCCUACAUAUGCGUCUAUGUGUAUGAGAAAAACCUGAGUGGUCAGUAUUCCAGCUUUCAUGCAGAAAACUGAAAAUCACAAUCACUACAUAUUUGAUGACGUUUGCAACAUGGUCAAGCACGUCAUGAGCAUGACAACCAAAUGA